UUUUUGAUGCAUAUUUUUAUUUUUGGAUGAACUUUAUACGCCCCUUUGGCAAUUAUAUUUCGGGGGGAGAAUGAUCUUUUUGAGAAUUUUUACAAGUUUGAAUCGCCGCACCUGUUGAGAUGAGUUAGGGCGAUUAAGGAUGCCUUUGUGCUUCAGACUGCCCUGCAUGUCCGACGGCAAUACGUCCUUUCUGCGCGCGGCGCGUGCUGGUCACCUCGACAAGGUCCUCGAGCAUCUCAAGCAGAACAUCGACAUCAACACUAGCAAUGCGAAUGGGCUUAACGCGCUGCACCUGGCGUCGAAGGAUGGCCACGUGCAGGUGGUCGAGGAGUUGCUGAAACGUGGGGCGGCCGUCGAUUCGGCCACGAAAAAGGGCAACACAGCGCUUCAUAUCGCUUCCCUAGCCGGACAAGAAGAUGUAGUUAGAUUACUUGUCCAUCACGGCGCUUCUGUUAACGUCCAAAGUCAAAAUGGAUUCACGCCGCUUUAUAUGGCCGCUCAAGAAAACCACGACAACGUCGUCAAGUACCUUCUGGCGAAUGGCGCCAAUCAAAGCUUAGCGACGGAGGAUGGCUUUACACCUUUGGCGGUGGCCAUGCAACAAGGUCACGAUAAGGUGGUGACGGUGCUCUUGGAGAACGACACCAGAGGAAAAGUGAGGCUUCCCGCGCUCCACAUCGCCGCAAAGAAGGAUGACGUGAAGGCGGCCAAAUUACUCUUAGAAAACGAACACAAUCCGGAUGUCACCUCAAAGUCCGGAUUUACACCCCUCCACAUAGCGUCCCAUUACGGGAACGAAUCCAUAGCAAAUUUACUUGUACAGAAAGGCGCAGAUGUGAACUACUCCGCCAAACAUAAUAUAUCACCCCUGCACGUAGCGGCGAAAUGGGGCAAAACGAAUAUGGUGGCCUUGUUAUUAGAUAGAGGGGCGUACAUUGAGUCGAAGACGCGCGAUGGACUGACACCUCUCCACUGCGCGGCGCGUAGCGGCCACGAGAAAGUUGUAGAUAUGCUCCUAGAGCGUAGCGCACCAAUUAGUUCUAAGACUAAGAACGGCCUGGCACCACUGCACAUGGCGGCGCAAGGUGAUCACGUCGACGCUGCACGCAUUCUUCUUUACCACCGUGCACCAGUCGACGAGGUUACCGUUGACUAUCUGACAGCCCUCCACGUCGCCGCCCACUGCGGUCACGCGAGGGUUGCCAAGCUUCUGCUGGACCGAGGGGCGGACGCAAACGCGCGUGCGCUUAACGGUUUCACCCCUCUUCACAUCGCUUGCAAGAAGAAUCGCAUUAAAGUCGUCGAGCUACUUCUGAAGCACGGCGCAAGUAUCGGCGCGACUACCGAAAGUGGGCUGACUCCGCUCCACGUUGCCAGUUUUAUGGGAUGCAUGAAUAUUGUGAUCUACCUUUUGCAACACGAGGCGAAUCCGGACGUUCCGACGGUGCGCGGAGAGACCCCUCUGCAUCUGGCAGCGAGAGCGAAUCAGACGGAUAUAAUUCGAAUUUUGCUGCGGAACGGCGCCAACGUCGACGCGCGCGCUCGCGAGCAGCAGACACCUCUGCAUAUCGCCUCGCGCCUAGGAAACGUAGACAUUGUGAUGCUGCUCUUGCAGCACGGGGCCAAGGUAGAUACGACAACGAAAGAUAUGUACACCGCGCUCCAUAUCGCUGCCAAGGAGGGGCAAGACGAGGUGGCGGCUGCUCUAUUAGACAACGGGGCUUCUUUAAACGCGACAACCAAAAAAGGUUUUACGCCACUCCACCUGGCGGCGAAAUACGGAAAUAUAAAGGUAGCAAAGCUGCUUCUUCAAAAAGAAGCGCCGGUUGACUCGCAGGGUAAAAACGGCGUGACGCCUCUUCACGUAGCCUCCCACUACGACCACCAAAACGUCGCCCUUCUGCUACUCGACAAGGGCGCGUCGCCGCACGCGAUUGCGAAAAACGGACACACUCCCUUGCACAUAGCGGCCCGAAAGAAUCAGAUGGAUAUCGCGAACACGCUGCUGGAGUACGGCGCCCAACCGAGCGCCGAAAGUAAGGCGGGUUUCACUCCGCUUCACUUGAGCGCCCAAGAGGGCCACACCGACAUGACGUCGCUUCUACUCGAACACAACGCCGAUGUAAACCACCAAGCGAAAAACGGACUGACCCCGCUCCACCUCUGCGCGCAAGAAGAUCGGGUCCCCGUCGCCGAAAUCCUACUGAAGAACGGCGGCGAAGUCGACGCCCAAACCAAAGGCGGCUACACACCGCUCCACGUCGCUUGCCACUACGGCCAGUCGAACAUGGUCAAAUUCCUCCUCGGCAACGGGGCCAACGUCAAAUCCACCACGUCAAUCGGCUACACGCCACUCCACCAGGCCGCCCAACAGGGCCACACGAACAUCGUCAACAUCCUCCUGGAAAACUCGGCGCAACCGAACGCCGUCACGACGAACGGCCAGACCCCCCUCAACAUCGCCCAGAAGCAGGGCUACAUCAGCGUGAUCGACACCCUCAAGGUCGUCACCGAAACGCCCGCCGGCAGCCCCAACGUCGGCGAGGAAAAGUACCGUGUCGUCGCGCCCGAAGCGAUGCAGGAGACCUUCAUGUCCGAUUCCGAGGAGGAGGGAGUCGAGGAUGUUAUGGACGGAUAUGGUCAGGCGCCUCACGAGCAGCACGUCUAUCUGCCGUAUUUCAACGGCACGUCCCUUCUGAGCCGCGAGGACACACUGCUCGGCGACCAAACGUACCGCUACCUAACGGCGGACGAAAUGAAAUCGCUAGGCGACGACUCUCUGCCGAUCGACGUCACCAAAGACGAGCGGAUGGACUCGAAUCGCAUGGUCGCGAGCGGCGACAGCAACAUGCUGCCCCCGCAGGCGAUCGAGGACACGAUCAGUCCCCAGCACAUCCAGCAGAACUACAUUGAGUACGCGAGGAAAUACGCGCCGGACAACGUGGACGUCGCCCGGCAUCCGAUUAACAUUGGGAAGCUGCAUUGGAAGAACUUCUUGGUAUCGUUCCUGGUCGACGCGCGCGGCGGCGCGAUGAGAGGGUGCCGACACUCUGGUGUACGCGUCAUAGUGCCGCCACGGUGCGCCCCGAGCCCGACGAGGAUCACGUGCAGAUACGUACGACCGCAACGCACGCCACAUCCUCCUCCUCUAAUGGAAGGAGAGGCCCUAGCCAGUCGAGUUUUGGAGUUAGGCCCUGUUGGAGUUAAGUUUUUGGGCCCUGCGAUAAUUGAGGUGCCACACUUCGCCGCUCUUCGAGGUAAAGAGCGUGAAAUUGUGAUACUACGCUCAGAUAACGGCGAAUCUUGGCGGGAGCACACCGUCGAGUCGGCCGAGGAGAUUUUGAACGAUGUUCUUCACGACAGUUUCGAGGCUGACGAUUUGAGCCAGAUGGAGGAUCCCGCCUCCGGUCGCAUCACGCGGAUCGUCACCAACGACUUUCCCCAGUACUUCGCGGUGGUGUCGCGCGUCAGGCAGGAGGUGCACGCGAUCGGACCCGAAGGCGGCAUGGUGUCGAGCACCGUCGUGCCCCAAGUGCAGGCGGUGUUCCCUCAGGGCGCCCUCACGAAGAAGAUUAAAGUCGGACUUCAGGUAAAUUUGUUUAAGCCGCGCAAAGGCGUUCCGGUUGAAAAGUUGCGAAAGAUUACGGUUAAUCACAUACCGAAAAAGAUGCGCUGGUCGCUUAUAUGGUAGAAUUUUAAGAUUUGUGUUCACUAAAAUGUAUUUAUUGUUCGAUAAGGCUAAAACGUGUUCACCUAGUCAUACAAUGUGCUAGUCAGAAAAGUUUGUAAUGGCCUAAUCCAGUUUCUUCCUCUUUGGCGUUAAGUACAAAUUUUGAUUAGUUCGUAGGUGUUGGUUUUAUUAAUGUAAUUUAUUGAAAAAAAGUGUAUCAUAAUAGUGGCUCCAUAUUUUUGAAGUGGCCAGUAUUUUUAUAUGACAUCUAGACAAUAAGAUGUACUCCACGCUCCUAGCAUUCUAUGUUGUCUUGCUACUGGAAGCGCCAUCAUGUCAUUUUUGAGCACAUUUAGAAUAACAUUGUGUAUGUCUUAACUUUUGUGUACCACUGGUUAAUCUGCACUAUCACAUUGUACCAGUUUUAAGA